AUGGUCCAGAAACCUGUCUCCGAAAUGAUCAACGGAGUCGUGCGCAUCAAAUGGUGGAAAUACAGAUACGUCGUGCUGGCGGCACUGGUGGUCAACGUCGUCCUCGUCAACCAUUUCUUCUUCGGCUCGUCAUUAACAGAGUUCAUUCGACCACCUCCACCGCCAGGGAGUGAAGCUGCGUUGGGACAAAUUCCUGCUCCUCCACCGAACGGCGCCAUACCCCCUAAGCCCUCGCUGGCAUCAGAAACAGCAGUCCCCGAGCCUACAUACUCAUAUACCCCUCCUGCGCCUCUACAGGAGGUAAUGGCAUUGGACAAGGUCCCGCCAACUGCACCACGGAAGCUCAGCCUUUCCGACUACGACUUCAAUGGUCCAUAUAUCGGUUGGCCACUUGCGCGGGCUUGCAACGAGACGAAAUGGCAGCCGGGGCUGGUCUUUGUUUGCGACAACAACUCGGGAGGAAUAGGCAACAUUCGAAACUUCAUCCUCACAUGUAUAAGAUAUGGCAUUGAAGCUGGGGCUUCGGGUAUCAUCAUGCCUAGAAUUCAGCGACGGUCAGAGGAGAAUCUAGCCAACAUCUUCACAACGGGCUUUCAACCCUUCGGUUAUUUCUUCGAUGAGAAGCACUUCACGGCUUCCAUGGGCGAGUUCUGUCCGCAGAUGAAGAUUUACAAUGACACGGAACACUUCCCGAAUGCCGAUAAGAAGAAGGAGGCCAAGGAGUUCUACCCCAAAGAUCUAAAUGUUGAUCUGGAUGGGUGUGAUGGUCGUGGUGUGAACAGACAUCUAGAUCAAUUCCGAACCAAAUUCGACGCCUGGGCCGUCAAGUACGAGAAUCUACCUUCCGUUGAACGUCCCCUAACCCUUCGAUUCAAAUGGGCCACAUUUUUCGAAUGGCCAAUCAUGCGCGAUGGCCCAGAAUUCGCAGCCACGUUUGGAGAUUUGUUGAGGAUAAGAAAGGAUGUCCAAGAGCUGGCAGCAUACACAAUCAUGGAGAUGGCGAAAUUUUCUGGGCAAGAAGCAGAUAUUACGAAGUCACCACCAAAAUAUCUUGGUGUCCACCUGCGUACCGAGAGUGACGCUCUAGGCUUCUGGCCCAAUUUCCAGACACAAAGUGAGGGCUACAUGAAGCAAGCAGAAAUUCAUAAGCUCAAGCACGCCUACAUUGCCUCCGGAAACGCCACAGAAGGCCACCGUUUUGGCGAGAUGGCGAUGAAGAACGUCGGUCUGAACGUCACUUCCAAAGUCGAUCUCCUCAAAGGCGAGAAGCUCAAGCAACUCACGGACCUUAGCUGGGAUCAACAAGCCCUCGUCGAUUUCCUGGUUCUGUCAAAGAGCACUCAGUUUACCGGCUGCUCCUUCUCGAGUUUUGCCAUGAAUAUCGCGAUCAAGCGACACUUGAUGACUGAUGGAAUCUUCUCCCGCAAAUGGAUCAGCCCUAGUGAUCCGUUCAGUACGCUGGUUGGCCGGUUCGAGAGUUGGUAUGGUGAUUGGAUGUUCAUGUAUGAAUGCAUGUGGCCUUGA